GAAAAAAGAAAGAACGAUGGAAAAAGCCAGUGAAGAAGAUGACAAAGAGACUCUUCUCUCUCUCUAUCACAAACACACAAUUGCCUCCUGCUUCAUUUAAUUGGUUUGAACCGUAGCCCAAUUUCUACCUUUUGAUAUUUAUUUUUCUCACAACAAAACUCCGAUCCCUAGCUCCCUCGAAAUCUCACCACUUCUCUCGAGAAUCUUUCUUUGGAGAGUCCACAAAGAAUCUCUCGGCUUCAAUUUUCAGCAUAAUAUCUAUAAAAGCUCACUCCCUUUUGAUAUAAUCUGACGUAAUCUCAGAGAAUUUCAUCUAAUUCCACAAAAAAAAAACAACAACUCAUGGUUUCCGGAGUCGGCGGCGGCGGAGGAAGCGGCGGGAGUGGCCGCGGCGGCGGCCGCGGCGGAGAAGAAUCCUCAUCAACUCACCGGAGAGAACAAGCUCAAUCCUCAGGUACAAAAUCUCUCAGGCCACAGAGCCAACCACAAACGGAAUCAAUUAGCAAAGCUAUUCAGCAAUACACAGUCGACGCUCGACUCCACGCCGUCUUCGAACAAUCCGGCGAGUCAGGAAGAUCCUUCGACUACUCGCAAUCCCUCAAAACGACGACGUACGGCUCCUCGGUCCCGGAGAAGCAGAUCACGGCCUACCUCUCCAGGAUCCAGCGCGGCGGCUACAUCCAGCCGUUCGGAUGCAUGAUCGCCGUCGACGAGUCCACCUUCGCCAUCAUCGGCUACAGCGAGAACGCGCGGGAAAUGCUCGGCCUCACUCCCCAGUCCGUCCCCAGCCUCGAGAGGCCCGAGAUUCUCGCCAUGGGAACUGACGUCCGCUCCCUCUUCACCUCCUCCAGCUCGGUCCUCCUCGAACGCGCCUUCGUGGCGCGUGAGAUCACGCUCCUGAAUCCCGUUUGGAUCCACUCCAAGUACACUGGGAAGCCGUUUUACGCUAUCUUACACAGGAUCGACGUUGGAGUCGUGAUCGAUUUGGAGCCGGCGAGGACUGAGGAUCCAGCGCUUUCCAUCGCCGGAGCGGUUCAGUCUCAGAAGCUAGCCGUUCGCGCUAUCUCGCAGUUACAGUCUCUCCCCGGUGGAGAUAUCAAGCUGCUUUGUGAUACGGUUGUGGAGAGUGUGAGGGACUUAACCGGAUACGACCGUGUGAUGGUGUACAAGUUUCACGAAGACGAGCAUGGAGAGGUUGUUGCGGAGAGUAGGAGAGAGGAUUUGGAGCCUUACAUUGGUUUGCAUUAUCCAGCUACUGAUAUUCCACAAGCGUCACGGUUCUUGUUUAAGCAGAAUCGAGUGCGUAUGAUUGUUGAUUGCCACGCGACGCCGGUUCUCGUGGUGCAAGACGAUAGGCUGACUCAGUCUAUGUGCUUGGUUGGGUCUACUUUGAGAGCUCCUCACGGUUGUCACUCUCAGUAUAUGGCGAAUAUGGGGUCUAUCGCGUCUUUAGCGAUGGCGGUUAUAAUAAACGGGAGUGAAGAAGAUGGGAGUAGUGUCGCUGGUGGGAGAAGCGCUAUGAGGCUUUGGGGUUUAGUCGUUUGCCAUCAUACUUCUUCUCGAUGCAUACCGUUUCCGUUGAGGUAUGCUUGCGAGUUUUUGAUGCAGGCGUUUGGUUUACAGUUGAACAUGGAGUUGCAGUUGGCUUUGCAGAUGUCGGAGAAACGCGUUUUGAGGACGCAGACGCUGUUGUGCGAUAUGCUUCUGCGUGACUCGCCUGCUGGGAUUGUUACGCAGAGUCCUAGUAUCAUGGACUUGGUGAAAUGUGACGGUGCAGCGUUUCUUUACCACGGGAAUUAUUACCCGUUGGGUGUUGCUCCGACGGAAGCUCAGAUUAAAGACGUUGUGGAGUGGUUGCUUGCGAAUCACGCUGAUUCAACUGGUUUAAGCACUGAUAGUUUAGGGGACGCAGGUUAUCCCGGAGCAGCUGCGUUAGGGGAUGCUGUGUGCGGUAUGGCGGUUGCGUAUAUCACAAAAAGAGAUUUCCUUUUCUGGUUUCGUUCUCAUACAGCUAAAGAGAUCAAAUGGGGAGGCGCUAAGCAUCAUCCAGAGGACAAAGAUGAUGGGCAAAGGAUGCAUCCUCGCUCUUCUUUCAAGGCUUUUCUUGAAGUUGUUAAGAGUCGGAGUCAGCCGUGGGAAACUGCGGAAAUGGAUGCGAUUCAUUCGCUCCAGCUGAUUCUAAGGGACUCUUUUAAGGAAUCUGAGGCAGCUAUGAACUCGAAAACUGCAGAUGGCGCGGUUCAGCCUUAUAGUAUGGCAGGAGAGCAGGGGAUUGAUGAGUUAGGUGCUGUUGCAAGAGAGAUGGUUAGACUCAUCGAGACAGCAACUGUGCCUAUAUUCGCUGUGGAUGCUGGAGGAUGCAUCAAUGGAUGGAACGCUAAGAUUGCAGAGUUGACCGGUCUCUCGGUUGAAGAAGCUAUGGGGAAGUCUCUGGUUUCUGAUCUGAUAUACAAAGAGAAUGAAGAAACUGUUGAUAAGCUCAUUUCUCGUGCGCUCAGAGGGGACGAGGACAAGAAUGUGGAGAUAAAGCUGAAAACUUUCAGCUCUGAACUACAGGGGAAAGCGGUUUUUGUGGUUGUGAAUGCAUGUUCGAGCAAGGACUACUCAAACAACAUUGUUGGCGUCUGUUUUGUGGGACAGGAUGUUACUGGUCAGAAAAUCGUAAUGGACAAGUUCAUCAACAUACAAGGAGACUACAAAGCCAUUGUCCAUAGCCCAAACCCACUGAUUCCACCAAUCUUUGCGGCGGACGAGAACACGUGCUGCCUGGAGUGGAACACCGCGUUGGAAAAGCUCACUGGUUGGUCUCGCAGUGAAGUGAUUGGGAAAAUGCUUGUUGGGGAAGUGUUUGGGAGCUGUUGCAGGCUAAAGGGUCCUGAUGCAUUAACCAAGUUCAUGAUUGUGUUGCAUAAUGCGAUCGGUGGCCAAGAAACAGACAAGUUCCCUUUCCCGUUCUUUGACCGCAACGGGAAGUUUGUUCAGGCUCUACUGACUGCAAACAAGCGUGUAAGCUUCGAUGGAAAGGUUAUUGGGGCUUUCUGUUUCUUGCAGAUCCCGAGUCCUGAGCUGCAGCAAGCUUUAGCAGUUCAACGAAGGCAGGACACAGAGUGUUUCACGAAGGCGAAAGAGCUAGCUUACAUUUGUCAGGUGGUAAAGAAUCCUUUGAGCGGUUUGCGUUUCACAAACUCGUUGUUGGAAGCUACAGACUUGAACGAGGAUCAGAAACAGCUUCUUGAAACAAGUGUUUCUUGCGAGAAACAGAUUUCGAGGAUUGUCAGUGACAUGGAUCUUGAAAGAAUUGAAGACGGUUCGUUUGAGCUAGUUAGAACGGAGUUUUUACUCGGAAGUGUCAUCAACGCGAUUGUAAGCCAGGCGAUGUUCUUAUUAAAGGAGAGAGGUGUUCAGCUGAUCCGUGACAUUCCUGAAGAGAUCAAAUCUAUACAAGUUUAUGGAGACCAGACAAGGAUUCAACAGCUCCUAGCUGAGUUUCUGCUGAGUAUAAUCCGGUAUGCACCGUCCCAUGAGUGGGUGGAGAUCCAUAUAAGCCAUGUUCCGAAGCAAAUGGCUGAUGGAUUCUACGCUAUUCGCACAGAAUUUAGAAUGGCGUGCCCAGGUGAAGGUCUGCCUCCAGAGCUAGUCCGAGACAUGUUUCAUAGCAGCAGGUGGACGAGCCCUGAAGGGUUAGGACUAAGCGUAUGUAGAAAGAUUCUAAAGAUCAUGAACGGUGAGGUUCAGUACAUCCGAGAGUCGGAACGUUCCUAUUUCCUCAUCAUACUCGAGCUCCCGGUGCCUAUGAAACGCCCUUUGUCAACCGCUAGUGGCAGCGGAGACAUGAUGUUGAUGAUGCCAUAGUAGUCACACUUAUAAGUUGGCAGGAGAGAGUUUGUAUCCUUGUUGUAUGUGUGUGUUUGUGUGAGAGAGAGAGUCUAACGACACUGGAAGAGGAUGGAGAGUUUUUGUUUCCGGUGAGAUUAGUAGAGAAGAGGAUAAAGUCAUCUGCAAGACAUGUCCUCUUUUGUUUGCACUGUGUAUAUUGAUAACUCCAAGAGAGGCAAACAAAUCAAAAGAUGAAGUGAUAUUGGUUGACCCAUCCUUUAUAAUUGUAACUCAUAUUAAAAUGUCAAUUACCAUAACCCUUUACAGAUAAUUAACUAGUACAUAUUGAUGAUAGAUUACUGUAAAUCUUUACAGUAAGUUAUAUCAUACUUGUUCUCAUUCAUAUAAGGGCUGCAUAAGGGGUGAGAUAUUCCAAGAAAACACUACUUAGUUGUUAGUACUAGUUACUAGAGAGAUCUAUACUAUAUUAAAAGGGAUAUAUAAUCAUCAGAUAGGACGUCCACGUCAGCUUGAAAAAUCGUCCAAUAGGGAGCUGUUUUUUUCCACGUCACCAUAGCUGAAAUGAGGACUUUCGUAUUGGAUUUCUUAAAAACUUUAUUGGUCCACCCAGCCCAUCUAGAUAAACCUGCUUUCUUCAAGCUUGGCGAGCCUCUCCCGACUCUUCCACUUCAUCUUCUCCAAUCUCUAUCUUUUGUUUUUGCGUUAUCUUCUCCUUCCUCGCUUCUCUCCCAUGAGAAGCCUCUGUCUUUCCUCUCGAUGUCCCUCUCCGUCUCCGAAGCUGCCGCUCCUCCUCCUUUGGCUUCAGCUAUUCCUUUGCCUUUUAUAUCUUCCCUCGGAGAUUUGAUCUACCGCUUCCGUCGACAGUAGAAGAUAAGAACUGUCAGGAGAAAGAUGAAGAUCAGAAUUCCGCCGGCGGCGCUUCCAGCGAUGAUUCCGAUUAGUUUCGCUGUGAUCACAGAUCUUCUUUAUUUUUUUCUUAUCCACCAAUUUCUUGGCAAUUUAGGAAUUCAGAAACAGAAUAUUUCUUAUGGCUAUUUGUUCACCAAUUUGGGAGGUCAGCCAUUUGGUCAAGUCCCAGUUUUACUAGACGGACAUCUAAAGUUGACUGCCUCAUUUAUCCUGAAGACAGGCAGCUCAGAAUGUAAAAAUUGAGGUCAACUGAUGGGCGUCCAUAUGCUGCUGCUAGAUUCCAAGUUUUGCAAAGAGAUUUCCGAAAACCCAAUUCACUCUGCUCCAGUUGCAACCAAAGGCAUAAGCGUCAAUGAACCUGUAAUAUGGAUGGUUUUGGGAGAGGUGAUGCCCGACCGAAGCGUUGUUGGUUGGAUUCUUAGGGAUGUGAAGGGAGAAACCUGCUUUCUUCAAGCUUGGCGAGCCUCUCCCGACUCUUCCACUUCAUCUUCUCCAAUCUCUAUCUUUUGUUUUUGCGUUAUCUUCUCCUUCCUCGCUUCUCUCCCAUGAGAAGCCUCUGUCUUUCCUCUCGAUGUCCCUCUCCGUCUCCGAAGCUGCCGCUCCUCCUCCUUUGGCUUCAGCUAUUCCUUUGCCUUUUAUAUCUUCCCUCGGAGAUUUGAUCUACCGCUUCCGUCGACAGUAGAAGAUAAGAACUGUCAGGAGAAAGAUGAAGAUCAGAAUUCCGCCGGCGGCGCUUCCAGCGAUGAUUCCGAUUAGUUUCGCUGUGAUCACAGAUCUUCUUUAUUUUUUUCUUAUCCACCAAUUUCUUGGCAAUUUAGGAAUUCAGAAACAGAAUAUUUCUUAUGGCUAUUUGUUCACCAAUUUGGGAGGUCAGCCAUUUGGUCAAGUCCCAGUUUUACUAGACGGACAUCUAAAGUUGACUGAAUCCCGAGCCAUAUCACUAUACAUCGAGAGUGCUCAUAGACAUUUAUUUUCCUCAAACUUUCCCUAAUGACAACUUUGCAGCCUCAUUUAUCCUGAAGACAGGCAGCUCAGAAUGUAAAAAUUGAGGUCAACUGAUGGGCGUCCAUAUGCUGCUGCUAGAUUCCAAGGUUAAGCUUAGGUACGUUUUAUGUGAUCAGUUUGUUUGUGAAAGUUUUGCAAAGAGAUUUCCGAAAACCCAAUUCACUCUGCUCCAGUUGCAACCAAAGGCAUAAGCGUCAAUGAACCUGUAAUAUGGAUGGUUUUGGGAGAGGUGAUGCCCGACCGAAGCGUUGUUGGUUGGAUUCUUAGGGAUGUGAAGGGAGAAAUGAAGUGUCUUAGAGGAGCCCCAUCUGUUUCGAGGUCCUUUACUGACUUGUGAGAUGAAGCAGAAGCAUUGAUAUGAUAUGGAGUGUUAUUUGUAUACUUGGGCUAUAAGAAAUUCAGCAUUUUACCACCUUGGCUCUGACCAAUGUGAAGUUAGAGGUCAGCUGUUUCAAGGAAAGUGACGUCUCAUAGUUCAAUUUAUACUUUUGUUGAUUUUGGUGGAACGAAUGGUGUUAUUUUAAUAAUGCCGAGAUCUGUUUGAUGAAUUUCUAGGAGGCUAGGAACACUGUCAAACAAGAGGGAGCCAUUUACAAGAUCAGUGGCUUUGAUGUUGCAAGAAGCAACACCCACUUUAAACUGUCAGAUUCAAACGUCCUCAUUUACUUUAACAAUCUUAAGAAGUUUUUUGAAAUAACAACUCCACUUUUUAGAUUUGGUGACUACAGACAUCAUAUGGCAUUAGCAAAUACUAAUACUCGGUUGCCAAGUAAAUUGGUGUAUUUUUAUUGUCCCAAAAAUUCGAGAUUUAUCAUACAAAGUUUAACCUUUUGCUUUGUAGACAUCCUAGGGUUUGUUGGUUUUACAUAUUUUUUGUUUACAAUCUUCAUCUACUCUUCACUACAGCUCUACAACGAUGUGUCUUAGUGUUUUUUGACGAACUGUGUCAUGCAUCUUUUCUUUGAUCGCCAUCACGUCCAUGUGCAGCAACAUUUGCAAAUCAUGGAGGGAACGAUUUUCCUGGAGAUAAAACGCCUGGUGUCAAAUAUCUUCCCUGCAGCUGCUCUGAUGGAGAAAGGUCAAAUGGUAAUGACCAGAGCAACGAAAGUGUGUAAACCCCUCGAACCUGUCGAGCCCAUCCGGUGGAGCAGCUACAGUUGCAGAAUACAAUUGUGAGCAGACUAUCAUGAUGAAGACCCGGUUCAAGUUGCAGGAAACACACUAAAGAAGGCACUCACCGAGUAAUUGCUAAGGCUAUCGAACUUGAGACCUCACUAUUUCCCUUUUGCUUCAUUGCAGUAUUGUUUAUAAAAAAAGAAAUUCAUAGUUUGUUUUGUUUCAUGGACCAUGUUUGCAACUUCUACCACAAUUAAAACUUAUUAUUACUUAUUA